CUCAGAAUAGGUCGUACGUUGUUUUAAAACGUAUUUCUUAAAAUAACUGAAUGGAAAGUUUUGUCGAUUUGACAACUUUUUUUAUGUGAAACAGAAGAGUUUAUCAAACAAGUUAAUCUUAUAUCAUUUAAAAGACGAAUUUGAUAAAAUUGUGUAUUUCAAAAUGAUGGCCAAAACUUCGGUAAACUUUGAGGAAGCUUUGAAUAUGACUGGUUUCGGCAAGUUCAACAUCCUGGCCUUACUGGUGACACUCAGUCUGAUCAUGGGGAUGACGUUUGAGACCGUGUCCGUGGCUUAUCUGGUGCCCGCGAGUGCUUGUGACUUCGACACCACAGUUGCACAGCAGGGACUCAUGGCUGGGAUGCCACUUUUAGGUAUAAUAGCGUCGUCCUACUUCCAAGGCUACAUGGCCGACAUCCGCGGACGGAGGCGGGUCCUUGGGUGGAGUAUGUGGGUAGCCUUUGUGUGUGGCGGUGCAGCAGCAUUGUUUCCUAACUGGAUUGUAUUCUGCGUUUUGAAGUUUAUGUCUGCUGGCGCUUUAGCUGGCACAAUACCGUUGUCACUGGCAUGGCUGAGCGAAUGUACGCCGCAGCACAAAAGAUCCAUCCUGGUGUCUCUGACUACUUCCAUCUAUCUUGUAACCACAGGAUGUAUGGCUGUUUUAGCAAUUCCGGUCCUACAGCUGAAAUUCUCUUACUACAUCCCAUACUUCAACAUCUACUUCACUUCAUGGCGGCUCUUGAACCUGGUGUUUGCCUCAACCUGCGCAGUGGGAGCGAUAUGCAUGUUCAGUUCGUACGAGAGCCCGAGGUACUAUCUAUGCAUGGGCAAAGAAGAAAAGGCUUUAGUGGUUUUGAGAGGAAUUUUCGCGACCAAUUCGGGGAAGAAGGCAGAGGAUUAUGAAGUGACAUCGGUGGUUUUAGGAGAAGACACCGGAGCGCCCAACAAGGGGAUGUUUUCUUCGAUGGUCGCACAAACGGUGCCACUAUUGAGACCUCCUCUGUUGAAGAAUACUAUUCUCUUGUCGGCGUUAUUUAUUAUAGCUUAUACUGGGAUAAGUCCAUUCAUAUUGUGGCUCCCAUUCAUCGCAGACUCUGUAAUGAAGGCACAGGAAAGAGGUGAAGCCAUGUCUUUCUGCCAAAUGUUGCAGUCGACGCAAAACUCAACUUUGACCGAGACCAGUGAUUGCAGCCUCAACACGUUCGCGUUGGUCACUGUGUUCGUGACCAGCAUGGCGCUUGGAGUCAUCAACAUCAUACUCAGCACAGUCAUCAACUAUGUUGGACGGAAACGCAUGGUUAUUGCUGUACAGAUAGUUGCCGGUAUAGCAGGGAUGUGCGUCAACGCCACAAACUCCUGGAUAAUUGGCACGGUCUGUUUGAUGGUGUACCUGUCUGGCACCGUCAACUUCGGCUUUAUGACCACCUUCAGCGUUGAUGUCUUCCCCACUUACGUCAAGGCUAUGGCAGUUUGUUUAACCCUGAUGGUUGGUCGAGUCAGUUCAGUUAUGGGCAUCAACAUCCUCAAGUACCUGCUGGUAACUGACUGUCAACUCGCCUUUUAUUGUUUUGCUGGACUCACACUUGUUGGUGGCUUCAUCGCAUUACUUUUACCAAGUGACGUCAAGAAGACUUGUAAAAAGGAGAAUGGGUCCUACCAAGGCACUAACUUUGUAAGAUAAAUAACUAGGAAUGAGCUUAGCUUAGUAUUCAGUAGUUCUGUGAUGUGGAACGACCUUCCAGAGUGUCCGUGUUUCCUGAAUCCAUGAUUAAUCUGAAUUUCAAUUAGAGGCGGGUCCCUUGUAUAUUAUAUUGCAAUUAG